AUGGCUCCGGUCAAACGAGAACUUUCCGAGGAUGACGAUGAUGAUUUUCUUGAUCAAUUGAUGAGUGAAGAAGAAGAAGAUGAGGAUAUUGAAAGGAAUGAAGAUGUUACUUCUAUUUUACAAGGGGCAUUGAAAAGACCUAUUCAUACAACUUAUAAUCUUAAACAUAUUCAUGAUCUGAUCCAUACGGGUGGAGUGGAACUUGACCCGGCUUAUCAGCGAGAGGUGGUCUGGUCAGAACUCAAGAUGAUCGGUUUGAUUCAGUCUCUUUUCAUGAAUUAUUACAUCCCCCCAAUCGUCUUCUCCGUCAAUGCCAACGUACAGGAACAGUCCGAGACACGCGUCUGUAUCGACGGCAAACAACGUUGUUCCUCCAUCGCAAGAUUCAUGAACGGUGAAAUUCCCUUCCUCGCUCCUAAGAGUAAACAAAAAUAUUGGUACACCAAUUACGGAAAUCCAAGACACAAGUUACUCCCGGAGGCACUCAGAAGACGAUUUGAUCAGAUUGUUCUCCAAGUGGUCGAAUAUGAUAAUCUCCCAGAGGACAUGCAAAGGGAUAUCUUCCAACGGGUACAACUCGGUAUGGCUUUAUCUGCCGCUGAGAAACUUCAAGCUAUUCCAGGUCCAUGGAGCGCUUGGAUACUCGAACUUCAGAAGAAAUACAUUACCGAACCUAAUACUCUCAAUCGUCCAAAAGUCGAAAUGGAUACUUCCCGUGGUCGAGCAUUCCAAAACCUCGUUGCUAUCGUUAUGCUCUGUUACGGACAAGAUAAAGCUCCUACGGCUAUUAAGAUGCAUCAAUUCUUGGAACGUAAAGAUCCUCCCCCUCCUGUCUUCCGCAAGAAGGUGGAGAUGGCUCUUUCUCUCAUGGUCGACAUUGCGUACAAUCACUAUAAUGAAUCAAUCGGGACGGUCAAGCAACCGCGUAUAGCUCCUGUUGAAUUUCAUUUCAUAAUCUACCUCAUCUUUUCCCGUAUGGGUUAUCUCUCCACCGCUUCCCUCGCCAAGACCGUCGGUCAACUACGUCAAACGAUCAGGAACAAAUACAUUGACAUACGAGCCAAUGGUAGAGUCAUGAAUGACUUACACGCUUUCAUCAAUUCCGUACCACGUCGUACGGUCGCAGGAGAAAGAGCGGCAGCUGAGGAAUAUCAAGGUGAUGAAAUUGAUCCUCGUGAACAAAGAGCUUUGAAAAGAUCACGUCAAGCAGAACAACAAGAUCCAGAUUAUCAUGGUGAUGUAGUUCCUCGUGAUGCUCAACCAUCAGAAGCAGCCACCAACACUAGAUCUAAAUCUCAAAAGCUUUCGAUAAAUUCACGUCCUACUAGACCUCCAGUACCUAGUGUCGCUCCACCUCCCAGACCUGGUAAUAGUGGGAUGGACGCUUUACCUACUCCUCAAUCUGGUUUAUCACCGAAUUUCGGUCAAUUGGGUUCCACUCGACAACAGAAUUCUAAUAAUAAUAAUCCUUAUGUCAUUUCGGGUGAAGAAUUGAGGUUGCAACAGACACAAGGGCAAACAUAUGGUAGAGUUUCACCUUAUGCUCCACAACAACAAUACAAUCAAAAUGGUCAAAAUGCAUACAAUCAACCACCUCAACAACAACAAUACAACCCUUAUGGUCAACAACAAAUCCAACCUAAUCCUUAUACUCCUCAACCUCGUCAACCCGUCAAUCCGCAAUAUAACGGGCAACAAUAUUACGGUCGAUAA